GAUCAAUUUCACAAAUGGCUACUUAUUUGUGAAAUUGCUUUAGUGCAAGGCUAACUCAUAUGUUGAAUAGAAAGUUUGUGCGGACAGAUGAUGCUAUGAAAGAUUCUGAAGAGACUGCAACAGCCCUCAAUGUAUCCCAGGACUGCAGGUGGACUCCACUGGGAGAACAUUUCUCACUGCAGACAACUACCUGUAUAGACUGAAUGCUCAGCUAAUACAAGAGGAGAGAGUUGAUCUAGGAGCAGUUAUCAUUAACGAAGGACUGGCCUUGAGCUCUACUGGGAUGUUGGUGGUUUGUUUAUUUGAUCUCUCUUGCUCUGUGUACAAUACAAGCGACCUCAGUGCUGGUCCUAUCAGAAGUGUCAGUAAUGCUAUAGGGGGAGAUUUUAUUCCCUUUGGAGCAGCUAUAUUUAUGUCAGGAGACAAUUUCUACACUGGAGCAAUGAAGGAGGGCCUUGAAGUACUGACAAUGGUACUGCAACAAUUUGGAGAGGAUUUCAAUAGAUCUUCCGACAGCAAUUCAUCAGGCACACGCAAUGAACUGGUUGUUGAGGUUGCUGAUUCCUUGGCACGAUACUUCUAUGCAUUUGGUGGUUUUGUGAGUGGUGGAUUUGCCUACUAUGUUGUCGUCGAUAGCGAACCUGUUUUAGCACAAGCUAUAAAACUAUUACGUAUUUGCAUCAUGCCUGAUUGUGGAGGCCCAAGUACCUGUGGAGUGACUGCUUUGUAUGAACUGGGAUUCGAUUGUGGCUUUCAGUCUAUCACUGACCGUACUAAUGUGUGUGCAGUGUCAUUAAUGGAGGACUUCAGUGGGAUAUCUGGACCCACUGCUGUGGUAACUCUUUGCUCCAGCAGUACUAACUCUAUUUGUGUGGUCAAUAUCACUGCUGUCAAUGAAGCUAUGGACGCUAAAUAUGACUCUUGUAUUGUGUCACGGACUGCUGGGGAAGACGUUGGCUUACAAUGGGGAACAGACCUAAAAAGCUGCGAUACUCUGCCUCAGCCUCAGAUACCAGUAGACAGAUGUGACACACCCAGUCCAGUCGGCCUUCUUGCCCCAAAUGGUGGUAUUGACCUAAUAGCACCAGUUCGUAUUAACUUCGGGGACAGCAACCUUUUCCCUGUUUCUUCAGUAGCUGUGAAGGUGGAUCAGUUUUCUUUUUUGUUUGUGGCAACAACUGAUGAUCAUAGGAUACUAGGAUUCGAUGUCAGUGGUACAUCGACCCUGGACACAGCUGAUAGCUCAUUCUACAAUCAGCCAGUUACCUCUCAUGUGUAUCGUUUGUCAUGGCAGGAGGGACUGAACUACAUCACAGCAGCCACUCAAAACUCUGUAUUCCAAGUACCCAUAGAGGAGUGUUUCCAGCAUACAAACUGUACCAGUUGUACCAAUGACCUUAACCCGUUGUGUGGGUGGUGUGUGGUGGAGAACAAGUGCUCUCGACAGACACAGUGUCAAAACUCCAGUCUCUCCAGUCGAUGGAUAGAGAACUAUGCCAACUGUUUUACUUCUAAUACUGUGGAACCUAUGCAACUUGUGCUUGACCUUACUAAUAAACUCACAGUUACCCUGACCUCUCCCGGCCUGCCUAACCCCCUUCCUGGAGAGAGCUUCUACUGUCAUCUGGCCGACAGUGAAGGACGUUUUCCACCUAUCAUAGUACCAGCUGUCGAGGUCAUCCCGGGAACAGUGUUCAGUUGUGAUAUUGAAGGGCUGGUACCUGACUACCCUGGAGUGACUGCAAACAUCAACCUGGGUUUUCAGAGCUCUUUGUUCAAUCUGUCAUUUGAUAUCACCAACCAAGCACUUACUAUCUACAAUUGCUCAGCAGGAAAAAGCUGUAGGGAUUGCCUUGGGCUGAAUAGUCCGUGUGGAUGGUGUAACCUCAACAAGCAGUGCAGUGGAACAUCAGCUCCUUGCAGGAAUCCAUCUCACUUCCUACAGGUGUCUGGAGGCAAAAACUUCACUACCGAGUGUCCCCUAUUGGACACACCCCCCUCUGGUGGGUACACUCAACCAGUAAGGGUGGCCCAGGACCUUCGACUGACCACCAGGAACCUCAUACCUGCUACGGAUGGCUUCGAAUACUAUUGUGUUGUGAAUGGAGUUAGUCUGACAGCUCAGUAUGAGAACGAGAGCUCCAUCCUGUGUACAGUGGGCAGUGGACAAUUCGGCACACUUUUCCCUGGUGUUGGAAGUUUCCCUGUGGUUGUUAUGGUAACCUGGACGGGGGAUAACAUCAACCACACACUGAGCAACACCAUGCAAUCAUUGUCAGUGACGUUGUAUGAUUGUCGUGACUUGGCCAGUGGAUAUUCAGAAUGUAUUGCAGUCAGAAUGGGGUCAGAGUUCGCAUGUGGGUGGUGUGAGGGUAGUUGUGAGGUGAGGCAAGAGUGCUCCAAUACUUUCAUUACUGAGGGGAUAAAUCUUCCUGCCCCUGUCAUCAACUCAUUCACUCCAAUAUUAGGACCAGUUGAGGGUGGUACAGCAAUCACUGUGAUGAGCACCGACUUUGGAGGAACUUUUGUCAGCCUUCAGAACUCCAACCUUACAUUAGGAGGCGUGGCCUGCACUCCCCUCAUUAUUGGUUACAUACGAUGGCAGCAGUUUGUCUGUGAGACGACCAAUUUUGUAACAGAAGGGUCAAAAGAAUUCUCUCUGACCAUCGACUCUAGAGUAGCCAUUGUAAACGGUGGCUUCUUCACUGUGGUGGAUCCUACUGUCAGCAGUGUGACUCCGACCUUUGGAUCCAUGGAUGGGGGAACUGCAGUGGUUGUGAUGGGGACUGCACUGGAUGUGGGUAACCAGGGUGACACUAGAAUCUCUCUGGAAAUCAGCGGGUCAAACUACGUCUGCAACAUAUCAUCUAUCCAAUCUGACGAGAUUCGUUGCACGACCACAGCAGGACCCCUCACCUCCGCUGCUUUGGUAGUGGUGUCCAUUGAUGCUGCUAGAGUCAGCAAUCCAGGAGUGGUCUUCAGUUAUCGUAACAACCCUAAUGUGACUGCCGUGUUUCCUAGCAACACUAUUCCUAGUGGAGGCAUCACAUUGACCUUUACUGGAGUGAACUUGGACGUGGUAGAACAGAUUGUUUUGGAGGUCUACCACCAGCCAAUGGGGGCUCCUCUGAGGAGUAACUGCAGUGUUGUGGACAAUACCACCAUGACAUGCUUGACUCCUAGUCUGACAACAAUCUCACUGACACCAUUAGACUAUGCCCUACUGUUUGAUAAUGUCUCACUCAUUACACAAGCACACCUCCUUAUCAGCGUCCAAUCAGAUCCUUCUAAAUUUAAAUUAGAGAGUUCUCAAGAGGUCACCAGUGGCACAGAGACGCUCAUGCGCAUUGUGGGUGAUAAUCUCGACUCAGUGGAGACCAGUGAGAUACAAGUGACAGUGGGAGGGGAGGAGUGUAUCAGGACACCCGGUAGCUUAAGAGGGAGUGAAAUCAUCUGUACCGCCCCCUUGGAGCCUCCAGGAGGGGAAAACUCAGCCACGAUACAAGUGAACGUUGGGAGCAACAUCUCUCAAGUAUUGGACCAGCAACUGACCUACACAGUUCCUGUGGCUGCAGUUCCACUGGAAAUCAUCAUCCCGAGUGUUUUGGGGGUUAUUGUGAUGAUCGUGUUUGUAAUACUGAUCAUUUUUGUCCGUUUAUAUCAGAAAUAUCGGAGGAGGAUCAUGUCAAUUGCUCUGCAAGAACAGAUGAUGGAAAUCAUGGCUAAUUCGGGAACACGGGAGGAAAUAUAUCCUAUGGAUGGCAAUACAGCACUCGUUAAAUCAGAACUUGUUGAGAUUGCUGAGUCCAUCCCAGACUCAAUAAAAAUACCAGCCUCAAUAUUGAAGCUCUCCAGUACUGCAAUAGGACAAGGUGAAUUUGGCAUUGUGUACAAGGGCAUCUUGACAGACUGGAACAAUGUACCUAUACAAGGGGUGGCCAUGAAGACACUAAAAGGUUUGUUCUCGUUGUCGGAUCUUCAGAGCAUGGUGUGCGAGGUGAACAAGAUGCAAGACUUUGACCAUCCUCAUGUCAUGUCCCUGAUCGGGGUGUGUCUCGAUGCUGGGCCCGGCAUUGCCAUAGUGAUGCCAUAUAUGGCCAACGGGAGCCUCAUUGGAUAUCUCAAGAGAGAGAGGAGCAGCCUUGAGUUGGACGAUGACUGUGAGGUUGAUCAGAUUCUGGAAGUGAGGAAACUACUACUGAAGAUGUGCCAUCAGAUAGCACUGGGAAUGGCCUACUUGGCCGAGCAGAAUUUUGUCCAUCGAGACCUUGCAGCCAGAAACUGCAUGCUGGACUCGGGAGGGGGUAUUAGGGUGGGGGACUUUGGUCUGGCUGAGGACGUCUAUGCUAGUGGCUACUUUAGACAGAACGACCGAGCCAAUGUGAAGCUGCCCUACAAAUGGAUGGCCUUGGAGAGUCUCAACGAUGCCAUCUUCACAGAGAAAACUGAUGUGUGGUCAUACGGUGUGACUGUGUGGGAGAUCUUCAAUGGAGGACGGACUCCCUACCCUGCCCUGGACCCACACUCCCUCAUCCAGAUGCUGGGAGAGGGGCGGAGACUAGAGAAACCUCUCAAUACAGCCUGUGCCACCGAGAUAUCUAAACUGAUGCGUCAGUGUUGGAGAGAGGAUCCAAAGGAGAGGCCAACCUUCUCACAACUGUCCGCCAUUGUGGAGAGGCUACUGACAUCCAUUGCUGGCUACACUGAGCUCGGUAUGGUGCUACUGAACACCAGUCAAGAAGCGGAGCAGCUCGAAUGUGACAAUGUACCCACACCUACUGAAGACGUUAAUCACUAUGUAGAUGGUCUACCAGGUCACCCUCUAGCAUUCAAAAACAGAAUGUACGAAGAAGAAUUUACUGGAACAGACAAUUAAUUAAUGCUUAUAGCCGUUAUAACUCAUAAGGUUAAAGGUCGAAUGUACAGUAUAAUGUAGUGAACUGAUAGUGUGUACAUAACCAGCUGCUUUUAUCUUUAUCAUACACGCAUGUAUACACAUGCAGUACUAUAUAUUAUUGUUUUACACAUGUGUACAACAAUAAUAUAUUAACAGUGCAUGUAUGCACUGUUAAUUUGCCAUCUUAAUUGUGUAGCU